AUACACAGGGUAUCGCUACCCACAGUUGGGGCUUCCAUCCUGAUUCGAAGAAGCUUGCGUCAAGCCGAGUUGAACUUUCCUUCAUAGUGCACUCGCCACCGCUUGCUGCGAGCGAUACCAUUCUCCCGCCCAUGCUGACCACCAAGGCGACGACGACCCUCCUCUUCCUGUCGAGUCUGGCAUUGAAUGCCAUUCUGUACUUCAAAAUGUCUCCCCCGCGAAGGUCUAUAUCAGCGUCCAGCGGUCCCGGCGAGCUUCCUCUCGCGUCGCCGCACACCCACACCGCGCUCGAGUUCGAUCUCGGUGCGCACCACUACAACAUCACCGACGCAGGGUCCUGGACAUCGCUUGUUCCCGCAUACGGAGGGCACAUCUGGCUGCGGCCCAAUGCGGGAUCUCCCGCCCGAUCUGGCGAAAACGAAUAUGCUGUCGGUCUCUUCAGUGAUCUUCGCUGUCUCGAUGUCAUCCGGGCUGCAUUCGUCAGUCUGCGCGACGCCUCAGGGCCAUCCGUCAUCUCUGCAGAGCAAGAAGUAGAUGUGGAUGGGUGCCUGGGCCAGAUCCGGCAGGCCAUCCGCUGUGCGAGCGACAUCACCAUCGAGCCGACAGUCUUGGAGUGCGACGAACAGUUGGGGAUCUGCGAUUCAGGUGCUUCGGGGGACCAUGUGGUGCACCAGUGCCGCGAUUGGGUCCAGGUUAGGCAGUUUGUUGAACGUCAUCAGCGCCGAUAGGAAGAACGAAGAGUGACAUGUAACAUGUAUCCAUCGAGUACAGCCUCAGCCCCGUUUCCAGAUACACACUUAUUUUUGUAACUUGUACUGCCUUUGCUUCCAUCUCAACCCGGCGCGUUGUUUCGAUGACGCACUGCCACCGAGCGGGGAAUGGGAUAGAGAUCAGACAACCGAGUACGGAGCGGACAAGCCGUCAUCGCAGCACGGCAAAGUACGCUACGCCUUUUUCUUGGGCCCAUCCGAAUUAGAGUUCGUGUCCACACCAGACACCCUCUCUCUCCUUCACAUGUGCCAAGCGCUGCAAAGCAGUCGCUGAUAGCCAUCUUUUAUCCAUCGCGCGUAUAUCCGGGAAUGAGAUCGCGUCUCGUCUCGGAUGGCAGAAGAUUGUCUCGGACUCGGGCGCUCUGCAGCAUGUGGCUCCCAAGAGAUGCGAGUCGCGACAUCAACUGAUUCAUGCGCGGCGAUACGUUUCUGCAGCUGUCCCGUUAACGCCUAUUAGCAUUUCUGUCAGGCCAAGUGAUAAGUCAAUCGCCUGUCAAUUGCCGAACGACAUACGGCGUAGUCCGCUGCAUUUGGAAGAUCUCUUGUUCCAGACUCUUUGUCUGUCGUCCAUAUCGGUCUGGUCCGGGGAUUGUGCGUGUCCGAUGGACCGCAGUUCUGGAAUUUGACAUGAAUUUGUUCGGCCCUCAAGAAGGACAAGCUGCUUGAAUAGGCAAUAAC